AACAUCAGAUCAAGCUAAAAAAGGGCGUAUCUUGUAAACUCAAGUAAACAAAGCUUCUGGGUGCAGGUGUCAGCUCUUUGACAAAAUACUUUUUGAGCUGACAAAAUAGAUACUAGCUAGACUAGACUGUGAUUGAGCUGAAGUAACUCUGCGGAUCAGGGCUAUACACUUAUCUUGCAGCUACUAGAGUCCCUGGCCGCCCCAGGCCAGGGCAGGUCAGGAAGGUCAGGACAAUGGCAGCAAGUGAUGAUCUGGGUCAGCAACUCUAUUGGGCUUCCCGUGACGGUCGUGUGGACAAGGUGGAGAGGCUGCUGGCUAAAGGAGCUCCUGUCAACUGGAGGAAUAUUGAAUUAUUUGGACGGACCGCUCUCCAUACGGCAUGCAGGAACAACCGCCCUGAUGUAGUGAAGAUACUCACACAGCAAGAUGGCAUCGAUGUCAUUGUACAGGAUACUGGUAAAAACACUCCUUUGCACGAGGCCUGCUACUAUGGACACCUGAAGUGUGUCCAGUUACUGAUGGCAACUGGACAGUGUGACCUAGGAGCUGUGGGCGGUGAUGGACUAACUCCACUGGGAGGGGCAGUCAGUAGGGGGCACCUGGACACUAUCAAGUACCUCAUCACAGAGUGCAAUGUUGAUAUCAAUGGAGCUGUGACCAGGGAUGGACUAACUCCACUGGGACUGGCAGUCAGUAGGGGACACCUGGACACCACAAAGUUCUUCAUCAUGAAAUGCAAUGCGGCUGUUAAUGAUUCUGCACAAGUAGUUGGUAUCCUAGAGCUGACACUGAACGAUGAAGGUGAUGUAACCACCAAAGUUGACGAGAACAAUCGACUUCUCUUGGCUUGCAAGUUUAGGUACGCAACAAUUGUUCGAUAUCUGAUCAAUGAGUGCAAUGUGGAUAUUAAUGGAGCUGUGACCAGUGAUGGACUAACUCCACUGGGAGUGGCAGUCAGAGAGGGGCACCUGGACACUAUCAAGUGCCUCAUCAUGGAGCACAACGUGGCUGUCAAUGGCGCUGUGACCAGUGAUGGACUAACUCCACUGGGAGUGGCAGUCAGAGAGGGGCACCUAGACACUAUCAAGUACCUCAUCAUGGAGCACAACGUGGCUGUCAAUGAUGGUGUACUAUUGUUAGCAUGCAAGGAAUCGGACACGGAAUUUGUUGAGUAUCUUCUAAAUGUCGCUGGCUGUGAUCCCAAUAUCAAAGGUGACGAUGGACAGACACCACUCUUUCAUGCAGGGAACAAGGAAAUCAUUCUACUCUUGUUGCAACACGGAGCUACUGCCGAAAAUGCGUAUUCCCAGCAUCGCAAAGCUCUUGGUAAAGUGUUUUCAAAGGAUCCGCUGAAAAAUCCAGUGAAGAUACUUGUUAUCGGUCACGGUGGAGAAGGAAAGAGCACUCUUAUUGAAGCAAUGGAACAUGAGCCAACUGCAUUCACAUCUCUAGUCAACAUCUUCGUCUCUCCUAAAGAAGUCGAUGGAGUCAGCCAGAAAACAGCCGGAAUCAUCCCUCGAUUAUUCAAGAGCCGUGUGUUUGGAGAUGUGUUGGUCUAUGACUUUGCUGGUCAAGAGGUCUACUACAGCAGUCACGCUGCCAUUAUCAAGUCAGCAGUUGAUGCAUGUCGGCCCAUUAUUGUCCUAGUCCUAGGGCUCCAUAAAGAUGACACCUACACCACUCACUCUGUCUCCUAUUGGUUGGGCAUCAUUGCCAACCAGUGUGCCAAUAUGGAGGGCAAAGCACCACUCAUUGUAGUAGGUAGCCAUGCUGAUUGUUUAACUGACGAACGGAAGAUUUCGAGGAAAGAAGAGAUUGUUUUGGAAGCUGUAUCGAGAUAUCCGACCCUGGAUCUGCUGAAGUUCAUUCCCAUGGAUAAUCGCUACUCCAACUCUAGUGGCAUGAAGAUACUGCGAGCCACUGUCGGCCCUGCUUGCGCCCGCAUUCGAUCAACGUUGGCUGUUUCUUUAAAUGCACACAUGUUUCUGAUUUACCUUGUUGGCAAGGAUGAAAUUGCGUUAUCACUGGAGCAAGUUCAGCAGCAAAUAAAAGUGGAAUCCAGUCAAGCUCUCUCCAAGAAGCACAAAGAAGUUGUACCAUUCAUUCCGACAACCAUUCCUCGUCUUGUUGAAAUCUGUGUUCAGCUCAAUGACAAAGGUCACACCCUCUUCCUACACAACACCAGCUCACCAGAGAAGAGCUUCAUUGUCAUCAAGAAAGAAGAGCUCCUGGGUAAAGUCAAUGGCUCCAUAUUUGCUCCAGAAGAUUUUGAUCAGCACUGUCAACUCUCCACAAGCACUAGUACUGGUGUUGUUCCUUGCUCCAAGCUGGCUGCUCAAUUCCCUAACUUGGAUACUGACAUGCUCAUUGGAUUUUUGAUUAAUCUCGAGUUUGCUGUUCCCAUUGAAGACGCGGAAGUCCUCCGUCUUAUUAAUCAGCAUCGAACAGACGCUGGUGAGUCCGUAUCACCUGACGAGAAAUAUCUCUUCUGUCCCGCCCUCAUCCGGUUAGAAGUUGACACAAAAGUGUUCAUGCAUCGCGAUGACCUUGCUUAUCAUUUUGGUUGGGUUAUGUCCUGCUCACACAAAGACCAGUUUCUGGACGCUCGAUUUCUUCACGUUCUCCUGCUUCGAAUAUCUCUCUCCCUUGGGCUUGCUCCAAUCAUAGAUUCUGACGUCCCUUUUCUACAACGCAAAUGCUCGGUCUGGAAGACUGGUGUUUGCUGGGGCACUUUUGAAGGUAUCGAAGUGUUGGUUGAGGUCAUUGACAAGAAGAAAGUGGUUGUUUUGAUUCAAGCUCACCAUCUCUCACUGGAUCUAUUCCAGCUGCGCUCUACUGUGAUGAAGAAAGUUGUUGACACCUCCACUGAUAUAUGCUCUACUGUAGUCACUGAGGAGGCCCUCCUUCCUCCUUAUAGUGUGACCUACCCUCUGGAAGAUACACACGUUUUUGAUCUCAAGUCUCUCGCUGAAAGCGUAAUCAACCAAAAGAUGUGUGUCGUAUCUACUAACAAUGUGCACACCACCCCAUUGAGUAGUCUGCUCCAAGCUGAAGUAUACGCUGAUCUCGGUGAGAAUAUUCUACAGCUUCUGUUCAAUCCAGCACACAAGGAACUGUCUGAUCGAUUCAUCUCGGCCGUUGCAACUUGUUGGAACAAGAAUCCUCGACUGGCUGAUAUCGUACGCACAGCUAUUACUGAGAAUGCCAGCGCUGCAUUUCAAGAGUGCAAUAAUCUCGAUGAUGUUCUAAAAGUCUGGAACAACACUGGAAAUUCCAGUGGUGAAGCACUGAGAAGAAUUCUGGAUCCACUUAGUGUGUUUGCUGGAAGAAACCCUCUCGAACUGGCUGGUGUUGCUGCUAAGGAGACUAGUGAUGAUCUACUACCAUCACCCAGACCAACAGCAAACUGUCCAAGCACAGAACCACCCGCUAAUCGAGUCACACUCCAAGAUCUAGUGAGCAGAUACAGUCUUACUGACGAACAGCUCAAUAGUGAAAUAGGGGACUCCGAUAUUCCCUACCUGGCCGAAUAUUUUGAUGGUGUAAAGAUAUAUUCGAGUGCAAUGGGACUGACUCCUGCACAACAGGCCGAUGUGAAUAGGUUGUACUGUUAUGAAGGAACACAAGUAGCCAUGACUGAAUGCUUGAUUCUCUGGAAAAGACACGAUCCUUUCGCAGCAACUCACAAAGCUCUACUGGAGUUGUUACUGGGACUGAGAAAAGACAAGAUAGCUGAUGAUAUCUGUCAGCACUUGACUCAAUGAGGUAUCACUGUCUGAUGACAUUGUCACGUGUGGAGAGGUGUACAGGAACACUUGCUCAAGGAACUCUCUGUAGAAUGUUUGAUACUUACAAUUCAUUUAGUUUGCAAAUAGCUUCAUAAAAAUUAAUUAAUAAUUAUUAUUGUUAGAAUAAUUAUAGUAUUUUUAUUGUGUUUAUUGUGUCUCAUAGUUUCGAGUUUUUAUACUUUCUAUGCAUACACUUGGUAAUAUAAUAAUAUACUAUUUUUGUAGUUCAUUUGAAUUUAACAAUUGACAUUAUUAGCUAAUUAUAACAACAUAAUUUUUAUAGUGA